CUUUCGGUGGGGCGUUUAUGGGUUCCAUUUUCGGAUACGGUGCGGGGUUGAUAAAAAAGAAGGGCUUCAAAGGGUCUCUUGCAGAGGCAGGAUCAUCUGCAAAGACAUUUGCAGUACUGUCCGGAGUACACAGUGUUGUGGUUUGCUUUCUGGAGAGGCUUAGAGGAAAAGACGAUGUAAUUAAUGAUGGUGUAGCUCGAUGUUGUACUGGUCUUGCUCUGAGUUUUCCAGGUGCACCACAGGCUCUACUGCAAAGCUGCCUCACUGUUGGGGCAUUUUUCUUCAUUAUCGAAGGCCUUAACAAACAGCAGCCUGCCUUAGCGCUCCCGUCUCCCUCCUGCCUCAGAGCCUGCCAACAGCCAUUGCUCCUUCC